GACAGAAAUUUUUGACAAAGAUGAGUGACAUAGCCAAUUCUGCUGAAUACAACAGCUUCAGGGGUACAGUUCCUAUGAAAAAGUUCAUUGUAGAUGAUGAUCAAACUAAAGAAUGGGCUUUAUAUGAUGCUGGACCAAAGAGUGUAAGAUGUCCAAUGAUUUGUUUCCCCCCUGCCAGCGGCACUGCCGAUGUGUAUUUUCGUCAAUUGCUAGCUUUGUCAGCACAUGGUUAUAGAGUUGAAUAUCCAGUGUAUUGGACCAUGAAGGAAUUCUGUGAUGGAUUUAGAAAAUUAUUGGAUCACCUUCAGCUUGAUAGGGUUCAUUUAUUUGGAUCCUCACUUGGUGGAUUCCUGGCUCAAAAGUUUACAGAGUUCACGCAUCUGUCUCCUAGAGUUGCUUCACUGAUUCUAUGUAAUUCUUUUUAUGAUACAUCAAUAUUUCAACAGACCAAUUCAGCUCCCACAUUCUGGAUGAUGCCUGCAUUAAUUCUGAAGAAAAUGGUGAUGGGAAACUUUGAGAAGGGUCCAUCUGAUCCUAGUAUAUGUGAUUCUGUUGACUUCCUAGUUGAGAAGCUGGAUAACCUGUCUCAGCAGCAGCUAGCUUCUCGUCUGACAUUAAACUGUAUGAAUUGCUAUGUAGAACCGCAGAAGGUGUCACAGGUGCCCAUCACCAUCUUGGAUGUAUUUGAUGACUGUGCCUUGUCCUUUUCUGCACGAGAGGAAAUGUACAAAUGUUACCCAGAUGCCAAAAAAGCCCAUCUUAAGUCUGGAGGAAAUUUCCCCUACCUAAGUCGAUGUGAUGAAGUUAACAUUUUUAUACAAAUUCACCUGAAGCAGUUUCAGGGAACUCGGUAUAAUGCCAGUGACAGUGUCCUGCUGACAGAAGAAGAUGAAUCUUCUAGAGAAUACCACAAUGUUCGUAUUUCACCAGCACCUGACACAAAUCCUGAUAUUAUUGAGAUACGGAAAGGCCGUUACCUGAGGAUUCAGCAUUUCAAUAAACGAAAGAGAGAUGGGAGAUUUGAGAAAGAAAUGCAGAUGUUCAUGGAGUAUAAACGCACAGGGAUGCUCCCAAAUAUUGCCACACAUAUGAGUAUACGAAGGACUAAUAGCAAAAGAACAUCUGCCCAUUCCACUCCUGACAAAGGCACUAAUAUUGAUCAGGUGUCCCAUUCAAACAUUCCCAACGAAGUACCAGCUGAUGCAAUUAAUAGUCUUCCUAAUGGUAGCACAAACAAUGAACGACCAUUGACAGAAAAGAGCAUAACCAGUGGAUAUUCUGUACAGACUCCUAAUAGAGGUCUUUCACGAACAUCUCAUGCAGAGACUCAGAGUGUCAUGUCCUCAUCAAAUGUAACUAUAUCAAUGGACCAGCAGGUUAAACGUAUAGAUUUAGGACAUAUUGGUAAGACAAAUGGACCUACGAUUGAUGAAGGCGGAGAGUCUGACAUGUCACAUAGUAAACAAAGUCUCGCUGAUAAAUCACCAUUACACACACAAGCAGCAAGUAAAUUCAGUGGAAAAGAGAUACAGAACAAUGGUAUAGACACAGGCAUGGUGCUGUUUUUCAUUCAUGGUGUUGGUGGAUCAUCUGAUGUCUGGAAGUCACAGAUAGAGUACUUUGCUGAGAUUGGUUACGAGAUUGUAUGUCCAGACAUGAUUGGUCAUGGAUUGAGUUGUGCUCCAGACAGAAAACAAGCCUACCAUUUUGAUGAGAUUCUUGCAGACAUUGACGAAAUCUUUGACAAAUAUUGCAAAAGAAAGAAUGUCAUUGUGGGUCACUCCUACGGAUGUGCAUUUGCGACAGUGUUGGCCCGACAGCGUUCCAGUCGUAUCCACAAACUGAUACUAGUGAGUGGAGGAGGGCCAAAUCCUCUUGCGCCUCAGCCCGGUGUCUUCUCCUUACCACUGUGUAUGCUGUCCUGUAUUAAACCUUGUCUUUCUUGUUGCUUUCAACGGAGAGCUUUUAAGUCGGGAUCUGAACUACCAGUAUCAAAGGAAACCACAUUUGCCAUUCCAACAUAUGUACUUAGUUACAUCAUGAAUGGUCAGUUCUGGCCAGAUGGCGAUGACAUGUAUCACAGCUGGAUAGCAGUCAGCACUCUUCUGAUUUACGGGCGUCAUGACAUAUUUGUCAGUUUGCAGGAAGAGGAAGAAAUGAACAAGGUUAUCUAUGGAUCCAAGUUGGAAGUAGUAGAGCGGGCAGGGCACAUGGUGAUGAUAGAAACCCCUGACGUGUUCAAUCAGAUUGUUCAUUCUUUUAUUGAUGAAAACUGGGCCCCACUAAGCUCUAGUCAACAGGCUCCUAACACAGAAAUGGACGAGGGGUCCAGUUCCUUGCCAGAGAGGAGUCAAACUCCUUACACUGAUCGUUUACCCAGCAGGGCUAGCCAUCUGUCCAUCAGAUCAGCUAAGUCCACCAAAUCCACCAAGUCCAUGCCCAGAGGAAUGCUGUCUGUGAGAAGCUAG